AUAUCCAUAACUUCUGAUGAUCAGUUACUGCUAACAUCUGCAGAAGAUGGAUGUAUAAUUAUCUGGAAAGUAUAUGACAAAGAGGGACGAGGAUUGAAAAGGGAGAGAGAUAUACCAUAUUCCGAUGAAGUGUUGAUUACUAGAACAGACAUGGAAGAGAAGACUCAGGUCAUGCUAGAACUAAAAACACGGGUAGAAGAACUAAAGAUGGAAAAUGAAUAUCAACUUCGUCUCAAGGACAUGAAUUAUAAUGAAAAAAUAAAGGAAUUAACUGAUAAAUUCAUCCAGGAAAUGGAAUCAUUAAAAACUAAAAACCAGGUUCUAAAAACAGAGAAAGAAAAACAGGAAAUACAGCAUCAGGAGCAACUAUCAGAAUUAAUGGAGAAACAAUCAAGAGAGGUGCAAGACUUAGAAUCUGGCAAUAACCAAAAGCUGCUGCUGGAAUAUGAAAAGUACCAGGAACUGCAAAUGAAAUCCCAAAGAAUGCAGGAAGAGUAUGAGAAGCAACUUCACGAAAUGGAAGAGAACAAGAGCCAAGCACUUGAAGAACUGACAGAAUAUUAUGAGGCAAAGCUACUUGAGAAAACAACUUUACUGGAAGAGGCUCAAGAUGAUGCUAGACAGCAGCUUAGGGAAUUUGAGGAAACUAAAAAACAGAUUGAAGAAGACGAAGAUAGAGAAAUUCAGGAUAUAAAAAUCAAAUAUGAGAGGCGGCUUCGAGAGGAAAGAGAAUCCAAUCUGCGAUUAAAGGGGGAAACAGGAAUCAUGAGAAAGAAGUUUAACAGUCUCCAGAAAGAGAUUGAAGAACGAUGUAGUGACAUUGAAGCAAUGAAGGUGGAGCAGCAAAAGCUUCAAGGGGUUAUUAAGGCUUUAGAAAAGGACAUUCUAGGGCUGAAGAGAGAAAUUCAAGAGAGAGAUGAGACCAUCCAAGAUAAGGAAAAGCGAAUUUAUGAUCUGAAAAAGAAAAAUCAGGAACUGGAGAAAUUCAAAUUUGUAUUAGAUUACAAAAUUAAGGAGUUGAAGAAACAAAUAGAGCCACGUGAGAAUGAUAUCAAAACCAUGAAAGAACAGAUCCAGGAGAUGGAGGGAGAGCUGGAACAUUUCCAUAAGCAGAACACACAGUUGGAACUUAACAUAGCUGAACUGCGCCUAAAGCUGAGAGCCACAGAUCGCGAAAUGCACAAAGAAAUGCAGAAAGAGCGAGAUAUGGAAGCACUUGUCAAGCGAUUUAAAACAGAUCUUCACAACUGUGUAGGCCUCAUCCAGGAGCCUAAGAAACUCAAGGAGUGCAUCAGGGAUAUCUAUGAGAAGUACGUACAGAAGGCAGAUAGGGUAGAAAUUGUUGGGGUUGAUACAGACUUGCAUCAAGAGUAUACAAGGCAGCGAGAGCAUCUUGAGCGCAAUCUAGCAACACUAAAGAAGAAAGUGGUAAAAGAAGGCGAGAUCCACCGUGCAGAUUAUGUACGCAUUAUGCAGGAAAAUGUAAGUCUUAUUAAGGAAAUCAAUGAGUUGCGAAGAGAACUGAAGGUCACCCGCACACAAGUCCAUGACCUCCAGUCAACCCUGAGCCUGCUUAGGAAACACAAGAAGCCAGGAGCACAACCCACAGGUCCCUCCCCAGAUCGGCAGCAAAGUCCAGGCAUUCUGCGUUUGAACCUUGAGGAGGAAACUGAGAGAAUUAUUGAAAUGCAGCGACUGGAAAUCAAGCACCUUCGAGACCAAAUGCAGGGGCAGGAAAAAGCCCUCACCCUCCGGCCUUUGUCAAGUGGAAAACUCCCCAUGCUGGAAAUGGACAGAAUUAGUGACAUACAGUCACAUUGACCUGACCAGAAAGAACUCCACGUUGCAGCUCUCUGCAUUUCUCAACAUUCCACAAAUGCAGCUCUGCAUUUCUAAUCUUAUCCAACUGUUAUUGGAGGAUGGUGGGGGUUUUUUUGUUUUGUUUUUUAGCAUGUCUAGUUUUGGAUUGAGACAGAAUGUUAAAGAAACAAUAAACA